UCACGCAUGUCACAUUACCAGCUGUCAAUCACGAAAAUCAUGGAUUUCAAAUGGUGACAUUAUCAAAAUUUUUCGUAGAACCUGCAAGAAUCAUUUCAAACAUGGCUUGUCCGGUGAAGGCACAGUGCAAAACACGAGCCGGAUCAGGAAAAAACUACAAAAUAGUGAUGGUCCGUCACGGAGAAUCUGAAUGGAACAAGCUAAAUCUUUUUUGCGGGUGGUACAAUGCCGAAUUGAGCGACAGAGGAAAACAGGAAGGGCAAAAUGCCGGAAAAGCCUUGAAAGAUGCCGGUUACAAAUUCGACUUGGCUUUUACGUCAGUUCUGAAAAGAGCUAACGAUACAAUGAACUUGAUCUUACAGGAACUUGGGCAGACAGAUUUGCCGUUUCAAAAAACUUGGAGGUUGAAUGAAAGACACUAUGGAGGUCUGACAGGCCUAAACAAACUCGAUACUGUAGCUAAGUAUGGCGAGGAACAAGUAGCAAUAUGGCGUCGUAGCUUCGAUGUUCCUCCGCCUCCAAUAACUCCUGAAAACCCCUACUAUGAAACGAUUAUCAAUGAUCCCAUUUACAACGAUGGACCUCCAAAAGACCAGUUUCCACUGUUCGAAUCCUUGAAAUUGACAAUUGAAAGAACACUGCCAUUCUGGAAUGACUGUAUUGUUCCAGAAAUAAAAAGUGGAAAAAGUAUUCUCAUAGCAGCUCAUGGUAACAGCUUGAGAGGGAUUGUCAAACAUCUUGAUCAGAUGUCUAAUGAUGAAAUAAUGAAACUGAAUCUGCCGACGGGAAUACCCUUCUUGUACGUUUUGGAUGAAAAUAUGAAACCUGUGCCGAACGGUAGCUUACAGUUUCUGGGCGAUCCGGAAACGGUCAAAAAAGCAAUGGAAGAAGUUGCAAACCAAGCCAAAGCAAAGAAGUGAAUGAUAUAAAAAUGUAUUUCAACUGAAAUUUUGUGCAUCUUUUGCAAGAGUAAAUUAAUUUCAAUAAAGUUUGAGUAAUGA